GUUGCCGUGGGUGGCAGGGCUACACGUUGUGGGUGAUGGCUGGAUAUUUUGGCAACAGGGCCAGGGCACUGGGCACUCCGUGACUGUGUGAGCCAGACACUGGCUGGACACGCUGACUCAGGCACGACCACACUUGAUCCCGACAGGAUGGUGGCAACGUUGGCAGUGGUGGUGGACGGGACGACGCAGGAGGGGCUGAGGGAGGGCGCCAAGCGGGUCCUCGCCCACGUCCGCCCGCACUGGCAGCAGCCCAACCUCACCUUCAAGACGUACACUGCCGGCGUGACCAACAUCCUGGUGGGCGUGUGGUGCGGCAAGGAGAGCGAACAGGUGCUGGUGCGAGUCUACGGCAACAACACCCACCUCUUCAUCGACCGCCAGCAGGAGAUCGACACCAUGAAGGCGGUGCACGGGGCGGGUUGUGGCCCUCAGGUGUUCGCGGCCUUCACCAAUGGGCUGUGCUACGCCUUCACGCCCGGGGUGCCGCUUACCAUCCAGGAUGUGACGCGGGAGCCGGUGUGGAAGGCCAAUGCCAGGCAGAUGGCCACCUUCCACAGGAUCCAGACCGGCGAGCAGCAGAGGCCCAUGCUGUUCACCAAGCUGCGUCAGUUCCUCCUCCUCCUGCCGCCCGCCUUCACCGACCCGAAGAAACAGAAAAGGCUGGAGGAGAGCGCCUGCACUAGGGACGCUCUGGUUCGCCUGACGGAGGAGCUGGAGGUGCAACUGGCGCCCCUCGGCUGUCCCGUCGUGUUCUGCCACAACGACCUGGUCAUGAGGAACAUCAUCUGGGACGAGGACUCCGCCUCCGUCUCCUUCAUCGACUUCGAGUACUCGGCCCCGAAUUAUCAGCCUUUCGACAUCGCAAACCACUUCAGCGAAUACUGCGGGAUGGACGAGAUGGACUACGGCCUGUAUCCCCGCGUGGAGGCGCAGAAGGAGUGGCUGCGGUGCUACCUGGCAGAGUUCCGCGGCGUGCCCGAGGACGAGGUGGUGGAGGGGGACGUGGAGCUCUGGCGGGCCUGGGUCACAAAGUUCACCCUCGCCUCGCAUCUGUUCUGGGGCGUGUGGGCGUUCCUGCAGGCCUGUCACUCCUCCAUAGACUUCGAUUACGUAAGGUACGGAAUCGGUCGUCUGGCGGAGUAUAAGAAGAACAAACAGGCGGUGUUUGCUCUGGACGUGGGCACUGCAGCAGCUUCCUCGCCCACCACCGGAGCCAGCAGCUGAAGUCCAUUGGUGCAGUCUGUCCCGCCAGUCACGUGUAUAGGCAAGCUUGGACACGGCGCUAGCCCUGGCACACUAUACACAGGUGUCACCAAGUUCGCCUGUCACUGAUUUUUACCUGCGAGAGCUCGUGUGGUCUGGCUCUCCCGUACGCCUUCACGCUGUUAUGUACCUCUAUAUACACUUACGAAAGCCUCAUGUAAUAAUAUCUACUCGCUUGUUGACUUUACACGUAUUAUGACUUGACUCAGAAAGAACUAAUUCGUUUUCAAGACAAGCUUUUGACGUGGUGGUAUGAAUAAGCCAUCUCUAGUUUCCCCAUAAGAAAUUUCUAUUGAACGAGAGUAAUAUGAAAAAAUGAAUAGUGUUAUGGUGGGCAACUAGGAUGAACAGUUCCAUAUAUUAACAUAUUUACGAGAGAAACUUACUCUUUUCUGCAUCGAAGGAGUUACAUCUGUUCUUUUGUAUCAUUGUCUGCUAUGCUGCUCCGUUACAUGAGGUUAUUUUUCGCUCACGACAAAUUGCAAUGCAUCUGAUAUAUACGGACUGAGUUAUAUAAGCCUACUGGAGUGCGCGUCACGAAUCUCCCUCCUUUUUUUCCCAUAUUACUUUCCUCUCCUCCCUUGCAUCUCUUCCCCUGCUUAUCUAGAAAGAAAGAAAAAAUCUCCCUGCAUUAUAUUGAGGGCGCCCAGUUCAUCCAAACCCCUGACGACUUGACACACUUCACUCUCAGUUUCCUAACAAUUCCACCAUAAAGAAAAACUGAGGCCACCAUCGUCUUCCUGAGAACAUUCUGCAUCACACUAACAUCAAUUCGAAACCAUAAUGUAAAAGCAAAUAUUCGAAAAUGAAGGCUAAAUAAAGUAUUGUGCAAAAACA